GUACGAUGAUAGGUCUUAAAGAGACAAGCUUCGUGUAAACGAAACUCAGUUGACAGUUCUUUUAAAUCUAUCAUUGGAAUUAUACCUCUCUCAUCGCAACAUUAUUGCGUCAAACGCCAUGGCUCAACCCGCGGAAAUUAUUGCUGAGCUGCAAAAAUGGUCUUCAUGUGACGUGGCAGAUAGCUUGUCGAAACUUAAACACCCUGCCGGUGGCUUCUUGGAAGGACUGACUAUGUACUCGCCUGUAUUCCAGGCUGGACCCACCAAGAUAGUCGGACAAGCAUUCACAGUGAAAUUUGUGCCCAAGGCUGAUGAGAGCGCGCCGAAGUUGAAGGGCAAUUAUGUCGAUCAAAUCCCCAAGGGGGCUGUUGUUUUCAUCUCACAACCACCACCACACGUGAAUGCCGUGUACGGUGGAUUGAUGUCGUUGCGUGCUCAGGCAUUGGGCGCAGCUGGAGUGGUGAUUGAUGGACGAUUGCGAGACCUACAGGAGCAUCGUGAUCUCGGGUUCCCAAUGUUUGCCAAAGGCGUUGGAACCACAGCUGGCGGCGAAGUCUGUCGGCCCUCAGAGGUCAAUGUUCCCGUUGAACUAGCGUCUACAGUGCAAGAUGUGACAAUACAGCCGGGUGACUAUAUCAUUGCUGAUAUAGAUGGUGUGGUUUGCCUUCCCAGUGCACUGGCAGAGAAGUGUUUGGCUGCUAUUCCGGCGAUCGCGGCUGCAGAUGCGAAGUGUGCCGAGGCGAUUCGAGGGGGCAUGUCGGUGGAGGAGGCUUUCAAGACGUAUCGCGGUAAAUAAGAUCAUUUGUUCCUAAACUUUCGCGGUACCACGGGAUUUAUAGAACUCUUUGCAUUGCAUGGUUUCACAAUGGCUUGUGUUAGAAUGGUAUGUGAAACUUAUCCAAUUCAAGAUUGAGAGCUCGGUAUGUAAGGU